AAAACGAGGUGGAUUGAUCUACAUGUGCCGUAGGAAAAAGUUUAAUUAAAAUUAAUUUAAUCAUUUCGGAUUAUUACAUAUAUUGGAUUAACGAGUCAUGAGUAGUAAUUAACUGUUUAAUUACAAACAUUUGAUGAUGUGGUACAUUUAGGUGAAGGAUACUUGGGGAAUAUAUUGUUCGGAUCGGACAUUGGAAAGGAAAAAAAAUAUUAAAUUUUUGAGCUGCUUCAAGAAUAUUUCUUCAAUUUCGAUCAGAACAAAACUCAAAAAUUUAAUAAUGCGUGCCGGUGAUGAAGUACAUAACCUCGAAAGGACAGGUUACAAUUGUGCCGUUUGUGAUAAGCCGGAUCACGAUGACGAGAGAAUGGUGUUCUGCGAGAUGUGUAAGCGAUGGUACCACUUCAAGUGUGUAGGAGUAACCGAGGAGAUAAAAGACCGGUCCUGGAGUUGUGGAGACUGUACUCAGUCGGAAUCCAGGGACAACGAGCCUACGCCAAUUAUUUCGGAACCGAAUCAGAAGAAAUUGUCCCAUAAGCAGGAGCUAGAGGUUCCGGGAAGAACAACGACGGAUUCUCCGGUCCCAGUUGGACAUGGAACGAGAAAAGCGCAAGAUACAGCUGGAGUUGGAACGAGAAAUGUUGGAAAUGAGGAAAGUGGUUGAAGAGGAAUUUCGAGAGAAGCGAAGUCUAAUGUUGAAGGAAUAUAAAGAUGAUUCAGAGGAAGGUGCAGUUGGUGGAACAAAUAUCGAUAAGGGCCAAAUGCAAAGCGAGGUACGCAUAGACAAGUGGAAGGGUCAAGCUCAAAUCACCAGUGACCAAAGCAGGACAGAAGGGUUUCUGCGGAUCGCCGGGGUGCAUUUCCCAAAAGCUCCACACCCAAAGCUACUGAAGCGGUAAAGGUACACCAGCGACAAGUUUACGAGAGAAAUCGUAUUCAAAACCAUUCAGUAGGAAAAUCAAUUAUUCGUACUUCGGGAAGCCACCAAAAUUCAUCUCGACACGAGGAGUCCGAGCAGUCCGGUGAUUCAGACUACGACGAAUACCGGAUGAACAUGCAGCAACCAGAACGAGACUUGUCGAAGGCACAAUUAGCUGCACGGAAAGGGCCUUUUCAAAACCUUCCUGUAUUCACGGGGAAACCUGAAGAGUGGCCUUUGUUUUUGAGCAGCUUUCACAACGGCAAUAGGGCCUGUAACUACUCAAACCACGACAAUCUCGGCAGAUUACAAGAAUGUUUGAAGUGCCCAGCGCUAGAGGCUGUUAGAAGUCGACUGUUACUUCCCGAAACGGUUCCGCAAGUCAUUGAAACAUUGAGACAACUUUAUGGCAGGCCGGAGCAGCUGCUUUACUCGUUGUUGCUGAAAGCAAGAAAAGCUGAGUCACCACGAAUUGAUUGGUUAUCUACAUUCAUCUCAUUCGGCAUGGCAGUGCAACAGCUUGAUGAUCAUUUGAUCGUAGCGGAUCAUUUGAUCGUAGCGGAACUUCGAGAUCACCUCAUCAACCCUAUGCUGGUGCAAGAGCUGAUGGAUAAGCUACCAUCAAGUACAAAGCUAGAAUGGGUACGCUUUAAAAGACAGCAGCAGGUGGUAGACUUAGCGACGUUUUCAAACUUUCUUUCGGAAAUCGUAUCUGAAGCAAGCGAGGUUACGCUAUUCGUAGAACCACCUAGAGAGCAACAAGACAGAUGCGGAAGAGAGCGAAAGGAUAAGAGAGGGAAGCUGAAAGAACAAGAAGCAUACUUGCACUCGCACGUUGGUGUUGUUGAUCAGCAUCAAAUUCAGCAUGGACAGCAUAACGAACAUCUGACUUCCAGAGAGGAAGGUACAAAUCGUAAACCAUGUCGAAUAUGCGAUAGAGCCGACCAUCGAAUUCGGUUCUGUGAUGAAUUUCGAAAAAUGUCGUGGGAUGGUAGGAUGCGCGAGGUGGAAAAAUGGAAGCUAUGUCAGUUAUGUUUAAACGAACAUGGUCAAACACGAUGCCGUUUCAAGGGUCACUGUGGUGUAGGUGGUUGUCGGAAACGUCAUCAUCAGUUGCUUCAUCCUACAAGAACUGCUACUACGUUGAGAUUGGCGGACUGCAAUGUUCACGACAUGCAAACCAAACAACCGGUUAUUUUUCGAAUGGUUCCUGUGACACUGCACAACGGAAGGUUGCGUAUAGAUGUAAUCGCCUUCCUCGAUGAAGGGUCAUCAUACUCUUUAAUGGAAGAGCAAAUUGCGGAUCAAAUUGGGCUUAGUGGCACAGUACAGCCGAUCCUCGUUAAAUGGACAGCAGGUAUGUCAUGUUUAGAAUGUGAAUCUAGGCGUAUUCACGUCGCGAUUUCUGCAAGAGAUUCCGUCGAUCAGUUCCUCUUGCGAAAUGUACACACCGUUGAACGACUGCAGUUACCAGAACAGAAGAUGUGCUUUGCGGACGUUGCUGUGCGUUACAAGCAUCUAAACGGAUUACCAGUGGCUGACUAUUUGCACGGUGCUCCAAGAAUUCUUAUCGGAUUGAAACAUCUUCAUGUAUAUGCCCCGAUAGAAUCGCGCAUCGGUCAGCCUGGUGAACCAAUCGCAGUAAGGACCCAGCUGGGUUGGACAGUAUAUGGGCCGCAAGGUGAUAGUAAGACUUCUGUAGGAUUCGCUGGUCAUCAUGUCGCUAAACCUAUGUCGGACCAAAAUCUGCACGAUCUGCUUCGAACACAUUAUACGCUAGACGAAUCGGGAGUAAGUGUUACGGUUCUUCCUGAGUCGGCAGAAGAUCGAAGAGCCCGGGAACUGCUGGAGCAAACCACCGUAUGAAUUGGUAAUCGAUUUGAAACUGGGCUUUUGUGGAGAGCCAACUACCCGCAACUACCGAACAGCUUUCCGAUGGCAGUUAAACGUAUGCAGAACUUGGAAAAGAAGCUUUCGAAAGAUCUGGAGCUGCAGCAGGUUGUCCGCAAACAGAUGGAUGAAUAUCUUGGUAAAGGUUGCGCCCACAAAACCACGGCAAAAGAGUUGGCUGAAACAGAGGGAGGAAAGGUAUGGUACCUGCCCUUAAAUGUGGUGUUGAACGCAAAAAAAGCCGGGCAAGGUACGUUUUGUAAGGGAUGCAGCCGCUUCUGUACAAGGCGUAUCCCUAAAUUCAGUUAAAAACCCGGAUCUCCUGACAAACCUACCCACCGUGAUCAAUUGUUUCCGUGAAAAACGCAUCGCCUUUGGAGGUGACAUAAAGGAAAUGUAUCACCAACUGCUAAUUCGAGACAAAGACAAGCAAUACCAAAGGUUUCUCUAUCGAUCAGACUCCAACAAACCUCCGGAGAUCUAUGUUAUGGAUGUUGCGACGUUUGGGUCGACGAGCUCUCCGUGUUCGGCACAAUUUAUCAAAAAUAAGAACGCCCAAGAAUACGCAGAGCAAUACCCGGAUGCACCGAAGGCCAUAAUCGACAAACACUAUGUCGAUGAUUAUUACGAUAGUAGGAUACGGUUCAGGAGGCGGUGAAAAGAGCUGAAGAAGUGAGAUGCAUUAAUUCCAAAGCCGGAUUUCAAAUUAGUAAUUGGGUAUCAAAUAGCGCAGAAUUCCUAGAGCGUAUCGGUGAGCAAUGCGAUACCCAUGUGGUUCAUUUCAACUGCGGCAAAUCUGGUGGUACAGAGCAAGUUCUGGGGAUUUCCUAGGACCCCGUCGAAGAUGUGUUUGUGUUCAGCUCCAAAUUACGAGACAAUCUACAGCCAUUCUUUUUAGCAUUGCGUCGUCCAACGAAACGCGAAGUUUUAAGUUGUGUAAUGAGCUUUUUCGACCCUCUCGGCACGCUCGCUCCGUACACUAUUCACGGGAAGAUGAUCAUCCAAGAUCUGUGGUGACAAGGUUGUUCCUGGGAUGAAAAAAUAGACGAUGCGUGUGCAGACAAAUGGCAACGAUGGACUGCGGUGAUGGAAGAAGUGGCGAUGACCAAAAUUCCUCGCUGCUAUUUCUCAGAGACUACGAACGAAGAUUUUGAAUCUCUUCAGCUUCAUGUAUUCACGGAUGCGAGUGAAAAUGCGUAUUGGUGCGUUGCCUAUUUUCGGAUAGUAGUUCAAGGCAUACCGCGGUGUGCACUAGUAGCAGCUAAAUUAAAAGUAGCGCCGUUGAAGCAUCUAUAUCCCUCAAUUGGAACUUCAAGCUGCGGUGCUGGGUUCUAGGCUGGUGAACACCGCUCUAGAAACGCAUUCUCUACCAGUUAAGCGACGGUUUAUAUGGACGGAUUCUCAAACCGUGCUUUCUUGGAUCCGUUCCGACCAUAAAAGGUACUCUCAGUUCGUAGCAUUUCGUAUUGGAGAAAUUCGCAGCCAAACAGCACUAAGAGAAUGCCGUUGGGUGCUAACGAGAAGCAACAUCGCCGAUGUGUUAACCAAGUGGGGUAGUGGACCUCCUUCGCCUUGUAGUGGAGAAUGGGUUGUCGGACCAGAUUUGCUGCAUACACGGGAGGAAAAUUGGCCAAAAACUGAGCUCCCGCCAACGAAUGUGCCAGAAGAACUGAAAGCUAUCCAUUUAUUCCACGAAAUUAGUUUCCAGGAACCGCUAAUUGACACAAGUCGGUUUUCUCGAUGGAAUAUACUGGUGCGUUGUAUAGCAUGCGUCUAUCGCUUCCUGUCGAACUGCCGAAGAAAGAUCAAAGGACUUCCAAUAGAAACGGUUCCCGCAAUUCGUGUAUCAUAUAUCGUAAUGCCACUGAAACUCGAAGAGUAUCGUCGAGCGGAAAAUUACUUGUGGUGAGUUGCACAACGUGAAGGGCUCGGGGAUGAAGUUAAAAUUUUACUCAAAAAUCGCGGACUUCCACGUGAAAAAUGGCAUCCUAUCGACCACGGUAGUUCCCUCUACAAGCGAUUACCACUACUGGAUGAAGAUGGGGUGAUACGGAUGGAAGGAAGAGCGGCUUAUGCUGAUUUCAUACCCUUUGAGCUACGUUUUCCAGUCGUGCUGCCGAAGGCACAUAAUCAGCCUUAUUCUGCAUUACGACGGAUCACAUUUUCGAACGAAUGUGGUUCGAUCGAACAAGGCUCCCGUUUGAUUUUGUUGUCGUUAUUGAGAAUGCGAACCACAUUCGUUCGAAAAAGCGAUACGUCGUAAUGACGAAUAAGGCUGAAUAUUACUACAAAAUUGCUACAACAUUACCAUCUGAAAUUUGGUCAUGCGAACCGAGAGACUGUUGUGAAUGAAGUUCGUCAGCGGUUUUUCAUUCCGAAGCUAAGGGCUGCCGUGUGGCAUGCAGAGAAGGAGUGCUAUUGGUGCAAAACUCGUAAGUGUCACUCUUCUAUCCCUAGAAUGGCACCUUUACCCGAGCAGCGUCUAACGCCACACCGGAGACCGUUCAGCCAUGUUGGUCUGGACUACUUUGGACCGCUUGUCGUUACAGUAGGACGUAGAUCGGAAAAACGUUGGGUGGUUUUGUUUACUUGCCUGGUGACGAGGGCUAUACACUUGGAAGUCGCUCAAAGCCUCACCAGCCAAGCAUGUAUGAUGGCAAUACGACGAU